AAAUUUCCCUUAUUCAGUUUCAUAUUAUAUUAGGCAUCCAAAGAUUUGAGUAUAACAUUUUCACACCAAAGACAUCUCUAUUCCUUAUCUAAUCUCCACCAAUCAAACCCAAUUUAAAAAUUCAAAUCAAACACAUAUACACAUAAUUAAGACAAUUAAUCGUGCACGAUACUAAAAAAACCCUAAUCCCAAUCCCCAUAUGACUUGAUAAUACAAACCCUAAUCCAAACAUUACUCGGUAAUAACAACAAAUUUGCACCUAAUAAAACUACUCCCCUGCCAAACCCCAAUGUAGAGAUUACUUUAAUCCGAAGAAAUACCAUAAACCCAACUAUUAGAACCCAAUACCAAUUCCUUUCCUCUUCAAACAAUUGAACUAUCUCAUUAAUGGAGUUUCAAUUUCUCCAAAUCAGCCCAUCAUUGCCUCUGUUCUUCUUCAUGUUUCUCUUCGUAUAUGCAUUCGCUUACUUGGUUCUGCUUCGAAAUUGGGGGCCGAAGCAGAGGCUAGAAGCUUCAAGUUGCUUCAUAUCACUCGCCCACGGCAGUCCCGUCGUCAUAAUGGCCGUAAUCGCAAUUCUCCAAGCCCCAAACAUGGCCGAUUUCGCCGCUCCCAAUACCAAAUUCCAAGCCCUAGUUCUCGAAUACAGCAUAGCGUAUUUCUUGCUGGAUCUUCUUCAUUGUAUAUUGUUUUCUCCAGAUGAUUUCGUCUUCAUAUUUCAUCAUUUGGCUGUACUUUACGUGUUCGUUACAUGUAAUUACUUGGUUCAUUGUGGCGCUGUGCCGAUUUUAGGGCUUUUAGUGCUUGCGGAAUUGAGCAGUGGGUGCCAGAAUGUUUGGACUCUUGCGGGUUAUAAAAGGGCCGCUAAGUUUCAAGACCUUAUGGCUCCGUAUUUCUUCAGCUUUUAUAGCGUUUUAAGAGUGGGACUAGCGCCGAUGUUUGUGUAUAAGAUGGGAGAAUUUUAUGUUUGGAGUUUGGGGGAAAAUUUGAUUCCUAAAUGGGCUUGGAUCUCAUGGAUGGGUGUAAUUGGAAUGGCUAUUUUUGGUAGUAUGUCGUGGAUUGGAAAUCAUUGGGUUUUUUGGUUUCGGUGUAGGAAGUAUGGAAAAACUCUUUGAAUACAUAAAUAUUUAGGUGUA